AUGUUCCGGAGCCUGCUGGUGGCGGCGGCGCAGCGGCCGCAGGGCCCGGCCGGGCCCCCCCGCGCCGCCCCCGGGCCCGGCGCCGCGGCCGAGGCGCUGGAGGCGCAGUUCAGCUGCCCCAUCUGCCUCGAGGUUUUCCACCGCGCCGUCGGCAUCGCGGGCUGCGGCCACACGUUCUGUGGGGAAUGCCUGCAGCCCUGCCUGCAGGUGCCCUCCCCGCUGUGCCCGCUCUGCCGCGUGCCAUUCGACCCCAAGAAGGUGGAGAAGGCUUCCAGCGUGGAGAAACAGCUCUCGUCCUACAAGGCUCCCUGCAGAGGCUGCAGCAAGAAGGUGACCCUGGCCAAGAUGCGCUCGCACGUCUCGUCCUGCGCCAAGGUGCAGGAGCAGAUGGCCAACUGCCCCAAGUUUGUUCCAGUGGUCCCCACGUCCCAGCCUAUUCCCAGCAACAUUCCCAACCGCUCCACGUUCGUGUGUCCGUACUGCGGGGCGAGGAACCUGGACCAGCAGGAGCUGGUGAAGCACUGCAUGGAGAACCACAGGAAUGACCCCAACAAAGUGGUGUGCCCGGUGUGCUCGGCCAUGCCCUGGGGGGAUCCCAGCUACAAGAGUGCCAACUUCCUGCAGCACCUGCUGCACAGGCACAAGUUCUCCUACGACACCUUCGUGGAUUACAACAUCGACGAGGAGGCAGCGUUGCAGGCAGCCCUGGCUCUGUCCCUCUCUGAGAACUGAGGCUGAUCCCUCUCCCUGCCCUGGCUCCUUCUGGACGCUCCAGGAACCCUCUCUGUUCCCACUGCAAUUCCCACCUUGUUGAAGAAGGUGGAGCCUCUCCAGCCGUCCCAGUGAGUGAGCAGAGAGCUGUGAGCAGGGCUGGGAGCGCUCCUUGGAUUGUGUUUAAUAUCCCUGUUGGGAGCUUCGCCCUGUGUCCAGAUCUAUUUAUUGCUAGAUGCUUUUUGGCACACUCGUCCCUGCUCUCUGGUGCAGCAGAACAGGUACUGGAACUGAUGGAUUGGAUGCCUAACACCCUCCCUUGGGACUGCUAUCAGCCACAUCCUUUCAAAAAGGGGGAAGGCAGCACGGAGCUUCUUUUUUUAAACUCUCCAAGGAUUUUUCUAGAGAUGUCAGGCUGUCCUGACCCCCCUGCUGGAGGCUGCAGCUGCCUCCCUCACCUGAAUCCCAGGAUGGGACUGAAGAGUGGUUCAGGGGAGGCCUGGAGGAGGCAUCCAGCACCCAGGGAAUCCUCCCCUUCCUCGUUUUGUACCGGCUCUUGGGACACCAAAUCCUUGCCUUUUUCUACACAAAGCAGUGAAGCCUUUUCCACGUUUUCUAGAGCGGGCUCAGAAGCUGCUCCCUUUCACUCUGCAAUAUCUGCCGCCCAGGACAAGAGUAUUUUUAUGGAACAUUAUCAAGAAAGUUUAUUUUUUACACAGAUAACCCAAGCAAAUGAGCACGUGGAUUGGGAAUGGGGCAGGAGGCAGGAGCUGCAUCCUGGAGCAGGUCGGACUCUGAGGUAGGGGGAACUGCAGGGAUCUUUCUGGCACAUCCCUGCAUAUUUCUGGGAGAUCCCUGGAUAUUUCUGGGCUUUUCCCUUCCCUCAGCAGAAUCCUCUGCCUGUGAGGGAGCAGGCAGGAUGGUGGGGUUGGAUGCCCAUGGAAUGGCUGUCCGUGCAGGAUCCCAGCCCCGAGCUGCUGAUCCCCCCAGAAAUCAGGGACUGCAUCUCCCUGUGGGAAUCCCUCCCUGGGAAUGGGGCACUGUUGGUCCAAGGU